UUAUCAAGUCGGCAUUUAGCGCGCAUCGCACCUCAACUCGAUCGGGCAACGCAACGCAGUGCCAACUUGUAGGACUCGAAAAAAGUACAACUAAAAGAAAAGUGUCGAUGUCAAUGGAAUUGUAACUUGAUCAGCGUGAAGCGCGCUUCUUAUCAGAGCUGUACUACGACGAUAACCCAAAUGGACCUUUGAGACUAUUCUCAGCCACAGCAGACAACAGAAGACAACUGAAAAUACCUUGCGCUUGUCUCUACUGAAAACGUGAUUCAUACUUAUAAAACUAAAAAUUUCGAAGGAGCCGACUAUCGUGAAGCGAGGGUCAUGAUGGGAAAAAAUCGCAUUGCAUUGACCAGCCUGGUGGGCUUACUGCUCGCCACCUUGGGUCUAAUAUCUAUUCUAAAUUUCGAGCGCAUACAGCGACGCACCUUAGAGUGGUUUAUGGUGCUCAGGCCCAACUCGAUGCUAAUCAAUCUGUGGCAGACGCCCAGCUUGGGCAUGACGGCUAAUGUUUUCAUUUUUAACUGGACAAACUCGGAACAGUUCAACAAUCCCAAUGUCAAGCCGCGCUUUGAGGAGCUGGGACCGUACGUCUUUAGGGAGAGACAGGAGAAACUGAAUGUCGUCUGGCAUCCAGAGAACUACACAGUGUCCUAUAUGCGCCGCAGUCACUUCUACUUUGACCAGGAGGCGAGUGCACGAAAUCUCACGGACUCCAUUGUGGCCCCAAAUACGUUGAGCGUGGGGCUACUCAACAAGAUGCAGAAUUGGAACCCGAUGCUGCGCACACUGAUGUUAAUGGCGAUCAACAUGAAUGGCAAUGAGCCGACCUUUGUGAGGCCAGCCGAUGAUUGGCUCUUUAGUGGCUUCGAUACUCCGCUGAUCAAGAUUAGCAAAAUGAUGCCCACUCGCAUGGUGCCGGAGUUACACUUCCCAUACGAGCGCAUUGGCUAUGGCUAUCCGCGCAACGACAGUGAACAGAUCUAUGGGCAUCACAAUGUCUACACUGGUCAGGACGACUUCAGCAAGCUGGGUCAAAUAGCGCGCUGGCGCUACGAUAAUGUAACAGCAGGUCAGCCCGAUUGCAAACUAAGUGGCAGUAUGGGGGAAUUCCAUCCCAUUCCGCUGCGACAAGGCAGGCCGAUCUCAUACUUCGUACCCGACAUCUGUCGAGAGCUGAUAUUGGACUAUGCGGGCACGACUCUCUUUGAGGGCAUUCCGGCAUUCGUUUACAAGGGCACUCCACGGAAUAUGGCAAACGGCACCGAUAAUCCUGAUCACAGCUGCUACUGCACGGGCAACUGCAAAGAGGUGCGAUCUGGCGUACUGAAUUUGUCCGCCUGCUGGUAUGAUGUGCCUAUAUUUGUCUCCUUUCCACAUUUCUAUAAUGCCGAUCCGUACUACGUUGAUGGAGUGGAGGGCAUGAAGCCCGACAAGGAUCGUCAUGAGAUGAGCGUCAUACUGGAGCCCACAACUGGGAUGCUGUUGGACAUCAAAGCGCGACUUAUGAUCAGUCUACUGGUGGAGCCUCGUCCAGGAUCCAUCUUCCGAAAGUCCCGUCGCACUUUCUUUCCACUCGUUUGGGUUGACUAUAGGGUCCGCAUCACGCCCGAUCUGCUAGUCUAUCUAAAUCUCCUACCUAUUUCUGCGCUGAUGGGUAAGAUCUGUAGCUGCAUUGCUGUCGGAUUGGGCCUCGUACUAUUACUAUGGUAUCCGCGACAGAUCAUUUUGCAUAAGCACUUUAUGCGUAAGAUCGAUAUAGCUAACUUGGAAAGCCGAAUGCAGGCCCCGACAACUGGAGAUCUUAAGACCCAAGGAGUUGAGGAUUCUCCUCUACUCGUGGGGUUGCAGUUUGUGCCGUCGUCCGGUGAUGCGCACGGUGCCGAUCAGACACGAAUGUUAGCGACGCGUGGCUUUUUGGCCGAGCUCAAGAUCAAGUUAACGGCAGCGUCAACGACUCCGGCGGCGAGAAAUCACAAGCGCUUAGCUUCAGUGCAGCGCAGCAAGAGCAAGAGAACAGGUGUAAAGAAGGCAACGAGAGUUGCCUGCAAAACAACAACAAAAGCAACAAGCAAAGCCUUUUGUGCAGGCACGGCCAGAGACGCUGACAGCAAUCGUCAUCGAAAAUCGCAGCAAAAGCAACAAGAGCAGCAGCCAGCAGAGAUGACGUCACGUGCGCGCCACUGCGCCUGGCGGCUCAGCAUUGUCAUUCUGGGCGCUUGCUGCAUAGCCGCUGGCGUUUAUCUUCUGCGCAACUGGAUUGAGAUAUUUACGCGCAUGCGCGGCAAGGAAAUGGCGCUCAGUCCCACAUCGCCAGCGUUUGAGAGCUGGAAAGUGUCGCCGUUGCCGCUAAACUUUGAUGUUUAUUUAUUCAAUUGGACAAAUCCCGAGGAUUUGUACGAGGGCUCAAAGAGGAAACCGCACUUUGUGCAACUGGGGCCCUAUCGGUUUCGAGAGAAACCCGACAAGGUCGACAUCGAGUGGCACAAUCACAAUGCUUCGAUUUCAUUUCGGAAAAAGGCAUAUUUCUACUUCGAUGCUGCGGGCAGCAAUGGUACGCUGCAGGAUAUCGUCACUUCGGUGAACACAGUGGCUCACGCGGGUGCCAAACGUUUAAGCGAAUUGAACACGUUGUUUCAAUUUGUGGCGUCGACAACGCUGAGCUCCACACAGGAGGUCAGUGAGACGCGGACUGCAGAGGAGUGGUUAUUCAAGGGCUUCGUGCAUAAGCUGGUGACUCUGGGUAAAUUAAUAAGCCCGGAGGCUGUGCCGUACGAUCGCAUCGGCUAUCAGUACGGCCGGAAUGGGAGCACCAGCUUUGAUGGCGACAUCAAUAUGUUCACUGGCGCUGAUGAUAUUCGUAAAAUGGGACAAAUCCAUUCCUGGAACAAUAAGACACAUACGGGCGCUUACAGUGGAUCCUGUGGCAACGUUAUGGGCUCCAUGGGUGAAUUCUUUCCUCCCAAUUUGAACACCAGUGACCCCGUCUACCUCUACAUGCCCAAAAUGUGCCGAGCCGUGCCGCUGGACUAUACGGAAACAGUAACCAUCCAUGGCAUCACUGCAUACAAAUAUAGUGGCACUCGGCACGCCGUAGACAAUGGCACAAUGUAUCCGGACACCAAAUGUCUGUGUGUGGAUGGGCAAUGUUUCCCGGCUGGCGUUAUUAACGUCAAAUAUUGCAGCUAUAACACAUCCAUCUUCAUGUCCUAUCCGCACUUUUAUCUGGCCGAUCCCAUCUAUCUGGAAGCAGUGGAUGGACUGCAGCCGGAGAAGGAAAAGCAUGAAUUUUACAUGACCCUGGAGCCAAAUGCUGGUGUGCCCAUGGAUGUAGGUGGUGGAUUCCAGGCUAAUUAUCUAAUGGAGCCGGUGUCGGGCGUCGCACUUUAUGCGCGUGUGCCACGCGUUUUGCUGCCCCUUAUGUGGGCUGAAGAGCGAGUGCGGGUCACUGAGGAAAUCGCUAGCAACAUUGGUUUAGUUCCACUCAUCGUAAUGCUGGGCCAGGUAUUUACGGGCAUUCUCUUAGCCGGCGGACUAAUUUGCACCUGUUGGUAUCCCACGCGAAAAUUGACGAGUCUCUGCCACAGCGACGAUCCCAAAGCCAAGGCGGCGGUCCUUCGGCCGCUUACCUCACUGGCCGUUGGCGCCAGUGCCACGGGAGCAACGUUAACUGUGCAGCAGUUAUUCCGCCAGAAUCCCAGCCACAUAGAGCGCGUGGGCGUACGCCUGUUAGAUUACAGACGGAGCUCAGGGAUAGAAGAUGGCGAUGACGGAAGUAGCCACGGCAAUACCUCUAGAGAUCGCCUGAUUGAGAGCUGUUCACCAGAUGUGAUAAUUAGCUAACGUAAUACAUAAAUCGUUGCAUCCAGCAUUUCUGUCGAUGCUAUAUAUAUAUAUGAAUAUAUGUAUAUCUUACCUAUAUGUUGCCUUAGGGGAGCCAAAGACAAGCACCGCGCCAAGUCUCGCCAUUAAGACUCAACAGACCUUAGUUAAGAGUUGUUAGUCUUUAGUCGAGUUGCUUAAUUCAUAACAUUAAAUACAAUAAGUACCCCACGUUCCACACACAUAGAGCAACACUAGAAAUAGAGACACACACAUCAUGCUCACAUGGUUUCCUCAGUCAAUAGCAGGAGUAUCGAGAGAGAUUGAUAAGAUUAUUUAUUAAUUAGUGCCAAAAAGUGAAAGAAACCCCAAACAAAAGUCAUUUAACUAUUUUAGUAGGCUAACUUCACUCUGUAUAUAAGUGAUUAUCCUAGGUUGAUAGCCGCCAAUCCCAUUGUUAAAAUUAAAACUGCGCACGUCCAAAGUAUUUUUAUAUAUUAUAUUAUAAAUAUUUAAAUUUAAUGCAUAAUUAUUUUUGUCUUUGUAAAGCGAUUAUAAGAUGAAGUGAUAUACAAAGCCUAAAGGCAUAUUCUUAGAUCAUUCUCCAGUGAAUAAUACAUUGAUAACAUAAUAAACCAAAACCUUCGAGAAAAUAAAAUUGAAUUGAACAAAAGAAAACAAAAA